AAAUAGUGGGAGAAGUUGAGGGUGUACAAUACUUUUUUCUCUACUGUAAGUCACUUUUCAUGUUAAAGCUGCAGUUUUAAGUCGACGAGCUGUCCUCAGGCAUUUGUGUUGAUUAACUGAGGAUUCAAAUCCAACAGAAAACCUGUUCUCAUGGACAUAGUAUCAGUCUUUGAAAAGGAUUCCACUUGUAGUAUAACAUAAUGUCAGACAUCCUUGCUGUAUUAUUACAGGAUACAGACAGGGAUUGUAAACAGGUAUGACACCGUGAUGAAAGCCCUUGCGUUGAUCCUUUGAAGUUUGACAGGAAAGCAUGUGAAGAUUAGCAAAGUGUACCUGUCUGUUGAGUGUUUGCUUUUAGAAUGACUUCUUAAUACUGUUUAAAUAUGUUGUGAAGGUUUCUUUUUGUUGGGCUUUUCAUACCUUUAUUUUAGAGACAAGACAGUGGAUAGUGUCAGAAAUAGGGGAGAGAAAGAGAGCGGGGAAUGACAUGCAGGGAAAGAAGCCACAGGUGGGAUUCGAACCCGGGCCGUCCGCUUGGAGGACUAUAGCCUCCCUACAUAGGGGCGCGCACACUAACCACUAGGUUUAGGUUAAAGCAGUAAUCCCACACUGCAUUUACAGUGUGCAGUAUUUCCUUACUGCAGUGACACAGCAGCGUAUGAAAGUGUCACUUCUACGAUCUCUGAGUCCUUUCUGUGAGAAACAGUCUCUUUAAGAGUGUCGAGACACAUUCUUCACUGUAACUUAAAUCUGCAGCAGGACGUUCCUCAAGUUGAACAGUUGUUGGAUAUGUGAGUCCUGGAGUAACAUUGUUAUCCGCUCAAGAGAGUAACAGGAGCUGAAGCCGUGUGAAUCUUCUGGUGUCAUCUUAAAUCAGUGCUGCUGUCACAGUCAUGAGCUCUGCUUCUCUGACUUGCUCUUUGACAAGUCCUCGGAAAGUGACGCUCAGAGUAGUUGGACCUUUUUACUACAGGAAUUUAGUUUAUUUUUUUGUCUUGUUCUAUUUUCGUUUUUAUUUUGUCACUAUCCCUUCAGCUUGAAAUGUUCUGUUUUGAAAAAUCGACUCGAGUUUCCCAGCCGUGAAUUCAGCCUUUCCUCAAAAGCACCACAUGUGAACGACGGCUGGUGGGGAAAUUAAUCAGUGAUGGAAGAAGCAGCGCUGCCAUGGCGAGACACUGUGAACGGGGAGAGACACAGGGACACAGAAAGCAGAGUGACAGAUGUUGUGGACGUGAUGACAGCAGCUGCAGAGACAAACCAACACCACCGGGGGUCGUCAGACAAAAACAAGUUCAACAGUAUCGGCUAUCAGAGGAGAACCAAGCAGAAGGUGGUGACUGACUUUGCCACAGUGAGUAAAGGAACAUCUGCAGGAGCCAAACCCAGAGCUGCACUCAGACAGGUCCUGUUCAAUCAGGGUGUGUCUGAGAAGAACCCGGCGUCUGAGGAGCGAGGUCAGCUGGAUGUGCUGAAGCAGGAUCUGGGGACCUACGCUGUGCCAGUCUGUCUGAAGUGGAGGUGGGAGGAGGAGAAUCAGGGAACAACACUGGAGAAGAGCUGGACAGAUAUAGUGCACUCUCAUUCAACAAUGUCUAAGAUGCAGAGACACCAGCAGGAGGCGCUGUGGGAGUUUGUUCACACCGAGCUCACCUACAUCAACAAGCUAAUUAUCAUCAGAGACUUGGUCAUUGCAGCUCUUGUCAACCUGCACCAGCAUGGAUUUCUCCUAGAGGUGACCCCUGAGCUGCUUUUCUCAAACAUCCCCUCUGUCAUCACUGCACACCAGCUCUUCUGGCAGGAGGUCAUCUAUCCCAUGUUACAGGAAGUCCGGAAGACAGGCAAGCCCUUUGACCCCAUGGGGUUAGAGGCUGGCUGCCUGCAGUUCCACGAGCGCUUCUCCUGCUAUCGACAUUACUGCUGGGAGGAGGAAAACAAUCUAGAGUUCACACGCAGGCUGAUGGAGAGCAGCCCUCACUUUCUCACUUACGUCCAGUGGGUGGAGACUCACCCUCAGUGUGAUCGGAUGCGUCUCGGGGACAUGCAGGCCAAACCCCAUCAGAGGAUCACAAAGUACCCUCUUCUACUGAAAGCCGUGCUGAAAACUACCCAUGAUCCUCAAGUGCAGCACAAACUUGUGGGCAUGAUAUCCUGUGUUAUCAGUUUCCUGGAGAGUAUCAACAACUACCUGAAGCAUAAAGAUGAGGAGCUCGCUCUCGUCAUCUCUGCUCAGAGGGUGGAGGGAUACGAGGUGGAAGGAAUCAAUGAAGAAAUAGACAAGCUAGUCCGUGAGAUCUCCCAGUUUGCCCUGACCUGCCCCAUCAGAGGAGUGGGUACGGAAGUGGUUCGUAAACUACUCCUGGAGGAGAACCUGAAGAUUCGGGGGAGAAAAGACAGCAAGCAGCUGGAGGUGGUGGCUCUGCUUUUCUCAGAUGUUCUUCUAAUGACCAAAGUCCAGAAGAAAGGAGAGCGGCUGAAGGUAGUACGACCCCCUCUGGCCCUUGACAGAACAUAUUGCUUACCAUUAAAAGAUGGCUGUUCUUUUGUUCUCGUGGAGGUAGGCGAGCUUCAGAGUGCUAUGAAUGUCUACAUAUUUGCAGCCAGCACCCCAGAGAGCUGUUCCAAAUGGGUCACCACCGUUCAGCAGGCAAAGGAAACACUGAGGAAACUGAGAGAAACAGAGUACAUCAGACAACUGGAAAAAUGGACACUCCAGAUGCUGGAGACCAAACCUGUUUCAGACGCUAAAAUGGAUUAUUUGGAGACCGACAAACAACCUCUUACACAACCAAAAGCAGGGACUUUUGUGGAAGAACUUAAUGAGGAACUUAUUAUGCCCACAUCAGAAAAUGGGAUGUUGGCGUCCAAAGAAGCAGAGGAACCGUAUGAAUCUCCUGAUAAUGUGGCCACAAACAGUACUGGUGUGCCUACUGUGCAAUCCCAGCCCUAUAAAAAUAACAAUACAUUUUCUCUUAAGGGCUUUGCUGGUCGGCAACAACCAGUCAAAGGAUAUGAAUGGAUUGAAUUGGGAGUAAGAGGAGAACAGUUUGGGAUGAAUCCAGAGGAGGAGGAGAAAAUUAUUGAAUCUGGGAUUACAAAGGAGAGAAGAGGGAACCAAAAGGUGCAAUCUCCUCCAAAUCUGGAUAAUUUGCAUCACAGUACUUCAGCUAACACAUCAAAAUACAACACAACAGGACCGCAUGUUCGCUUACUAGGUGAAUAUCCAGAUAUUGACUACCCAAUGGAUGAAGAAACUUCUUCACAACCGCGUUACCAACCGGCAGUUACCUGGGAGGGGACUGAGUCUUUCAGACAACCAGGAGAAGAAGGACUAGCUACAAGGAGAUACUCAGAUUCCCAGUCUGUCAAGCAGGACACAAGGAGGAAUUCCACUUUAAGUCAAACUGGAGAUUUGGAAACACCUCCAGGUGUCUGGGGUUUCUCCAAAAAUUUGAAGUCACCUGGCUUACGGAGGAGGAGGCCGGUCAGCAUACAUCAGGGCUCCUCUACUCAGAUGUCUAGGCACUUUUUCCAGGACUCAUCUAACAACUACUCUGACUCUGAGUACAACCGAAAUAUGAAGAGAAACUCCCUUUCUUCUGGCAAUAGCUCAGAUACACUGCGGGUGCUUAAACUGGGCUCCCUAAAGCCGAACCAGGGGAUGUUUUUGAACAUGCAUGAUAGAGACUCUCCAGACCCACAAACAUUUUCUGAACCUGAGCUGCCUGAAGUAAACUCCUAUGAAAAAAGGCCCAUAAUGAAAACCAAACGGAGUGCCUCCAUCCCUAACAUCAUCAUCGAAGGAAGCCAUGGACUCCGUCAUCAAUCCAGUCUAAACUCACUUCCCCUUGCAGAAGAUGCACAGCUCCCACUCUCACCCCGAAACGAACAAGCCUCGCCCCUGGAGGAUCUUCUGGAAAGAGCCAAAGUUAGAGUAAGGGAAAAAGAUGGAUUAAAAAGAAACAGAUAUUUGAAAGUGUCUCAUUUGAGGUCAAGGAAUCCUCCUUCUCCUUCAUAUUCCACCACACCGUCACCACCACCCAGUGAUGGCGAUAGGGACACAGAGUGGGAGGAGGAGGUGGAGCUGAUGAGACACAGAGCUCCCACAGUGAGUCAGGGAUGGAAAGAGCAACUGGUGGACGGGGAUGACGAUGAUAAGAGAUACAGUGUUAUCUUCACGGAUGGUGUCAAUGUGGACUGGUCAGGUUGGUGCUUCGAUGACGAUGAGGUCAUGGAUAAUUUACAACCCGGAGCUGAGGGGCUUCUUGAGGGCAUCCGCCGAUCUUUGACAUUAUGGGAUCCUCAUGAACCAUCAGAGCAAGAUGUCGGGGAGGUCAUCCAGAUGUAACACUCACUGCACUACAGAGUCCUGAAGCCACUAAGUGGGUUAUAAACUAGACUUCUAAACAACAACCUAAAGUUCAGUCCAUGAACGUGAAAUACAGGCGGGCGGCACAAGGACAGCAAGUGAUUUUAUUUCAUGAGUAUCUGAAGCACACAAAAAUGUUAAAUGACCAUCUUGCCAUCAAACUUUCAUCCUGGACUUGUAGCCUAUAAUAAUGAUUGUGAUCAAUGAUGAUUGUUUUUAUUGUACUAUGAUUUGUUGUCAGUGUUUUCUGUAAAUAUAGUGAAAAAAUAUUUUUAUAGAAUGUCUGUAUAUUAUUUAUAUCUGUAUGUAUUUCACCCUCUAGUUGACCUGAGAGCUUUGAUUGUAUAUAAUGGAAAAAAAUAAAACAACUUUAUUU